UGAUGACUGUGUUGAAGAAAUUUUACAGGAAAUGACUCACACUUGGCCUCCACCAAUUUCUGCUGUCCACACACCUGGCAAAGUGGAAAAAAACAGGUUUCUGUUCACAAACAAGGACUCCCAGCAUGUUUCUACAAGACACAGCAAUCAAAGAAAAGAUGAUGCUGAGCCAAAGAAUCCUGAAGACUGUACAUUGCAUACAUUAAUGCUAGAAGAUGACCUAAAAUUAAGCAGUGAUGAAGAGGAGAAUGACCAGCAGGCAGCACAGCAAUCUGCUCUCCGGGUUCUAUCUGACAGCAGCAGCCCUGCUAACCAGCAGUCCAGUUAUAGAAUUUUGGGUGUCUCUAACAAGGGUUCAAGCAGCAGUUCAAGUGAAUCGGAGAGCAGUUCCGAAUCUGAUUCAGAGACUGAAAGCAGUUCCACAGAAAGCAACUGCAACAAGCAAUCACAUUAUUCCAGCCCAGAGCCUGAACAGCCAUCUCCUAACAAGUGGCAGUUGGAUAAAUGGUUAAAUAAGGUUAAUCCUCAUAAAGCUUCUGCUUUGAACCAAAAUGGAUUGGAGGUCUUUCAGUAUUACAGCAAACUAAAAGAAGAAAGGCAAGACAGUGAAAAUGUACCUCCUGUUGACCAAGCCAGUCUCCAGGAAAAAGAUAUUAAGAAUCUUAGUAAAGAGGAACUGAGAUCUAGGACAGCUAACUUAGCCCCAGGGCAGAGAGGAGGAAAGCAAAAACCACUUCCUUCUGCUGCUACAAAGUCAGUAUCUAAAAAACAACCAAGGAGGACAGAGAGUAGCCUGGCUGGUGAUAACUUAAACAACCAUGCAGCUGACAAUCUUGAUUUGAACCAAAUUCAUUUGGCAAAUAAUAACAUUUGUAAUCAGCCCAAGUCUAGGCCUUGUAGCAGCAACAUUGAACAACAAAAAGAACCACAGUCUGUUACUGCUUCUGAAAAGAGACGCACAAGAGGCUCGGGGAAAACAGCGCCCAAGUCCAAGGAAUUUAUUGAGACAGAAUCUUCAUCUUCAACUUCAUCUGACACAGAUUCCCAGUCUGAACAAGAGGAGUGUCCUUCACCCAAACUGCAGACUGCGGCUUCAGCAUCAGCUGGAAGUGAACAGAAACAAAAGAAUUCUAGCAAUAAUGGUUACAAAACAAACAAUAAUUGUGGUGCCUUUGGUUCCAUCAACACCAGAACUAGCAAUGAUAUAGCAAAAGAGCUGGAAGAACAAUUCUACACACUGGUUCCUUUUGGUAGAAAUGAGCUUUUGUCUCCUCUAAAAGAUACUGAUGAUGUCAAAGCACUUUGGGUCAAAAUUGAUUUGACUCUGCUCUCCAGAAUCCCUCAGCAAUUACUUGAGGAGCCACUGAUCAUGAAUACAGGAGUUAAAGAAGCUGUACGAAUGCAACAUAACAUUGCUGCUGACCUGCCAGCGGAAAAAGUGGUUCCUAAAUCCAGAAGAAAACGAAAGUAUGAAAAUCAGGAUGAAAACAGAGAGACUAAGAAGAUUCACACUGAGCAAGAAUGUUUCUCCAAUUUACUUCCUUCAGCCCAAGUUAUUUCUUCACCAAACCAUUUCAAAAUCAUUAAAAAAAGUUUGGCAACAUCAAUAAAUAAAAAUGAGAAAGUGCUUCAGUCAUCUAGUUCUCCCUUCUCUGAUGCAUCAAAGUAUAAUUUCUGUAAUGAUGAUUUAACUUCUAGCAAGACAAAUGGUAGCAACCCUUCGUCUUCCACAAGCUCAAGAAGAAAACACAAGAAUGAGAUUAGAUCAUAUCUACAUCCUGGAGAUUUCAGUAAAGCCAUCUAUAUCAAUUCAGAAAAUACUCUGUUCUGCAACAAGACACAGUGCCAAAAAGAACCAUGGUCAUCUAUAUUGACUGUGCCCAAAACCUGUAGGAAAUCAAAACUCAUAGUUAAUGAUGGACUGCACAAUUUAGAUUAUUUUAUGCAGGAAGCUAAAAGAAAAAAGCAUAAAGCGGAUGCAAUGGUGGAAAAAUUUGGCAAGGCACUGAAUUAUGCUGAAGCUGCAUUAUCAUUUAUUGAGUGUGGAAAUGCCAUGGAACAAGGACCCAUGGAAUCAAAGUCCCCGUACACAAUGUAUGCAGAAACUGUGGAGCUCAUCAGAUAUGCUGUGAGACUAAAAACCCACUCAGGUUCCAGUAUGACAUCAGAAGAAAAACAAUUAACAGCAUUAUGUUACCGCUGUUUGGCACUUUUGUACUGGAAAAUGUUUCGACUCAAAAGAGACCAUGCUGUAAAAUAUUCAAAAGCUCUCAUUGAGUAUUUCAAGAAUUCAUCUAAAGUUGUUCAGGCACCAUCUACCUGGAAUAUUAAUGCAAAGUGUACAGGAACUCCUCCCAUAUCACCCAGUCUGUCUCCGCUGAGCUCAGUUGGGAGCACCGGAGCUCCUUCCCCUUCCUCCAUCAUCAGCAUUCCUCAGCGAAUACACCAGAUGGCAGCCAACCAUGUUAGUAUCACUAACAGCAUCUUACACAGUUACGACUACUGGGAGAUGGCUGACAAUGUUGCCAAGGAAAACCAAGAUUUCUUUAAUGAUUUGGAUACACUGAUGGGAGCUAUCACAUUGCACAGCUCUAUGGAGCAUCUGGUUCAAUAUACACAGCAAGGCCUGGACUGGAUAAGGUGUAGUGCUCAGUUAUCCCCAUGAUGAUUCUCCUCACCUGGAUACUAAACUCACAGUAUGGAUAAUUCAGUUAUUCUAGACACUGUGCUACAGAAAUGUUCAACUGCAGCAUUGCUUCAAACACAAUGUGAAUAUUGUGUUAACAUUGGACAAUAUUGUUUCAGAAAGCAAGGUCUGUGUAUAUUAUGCAAAUUUGUCUUUUCUGAGCCAUUGUUCUUUUAAUUAUCUCUAAAUAUCACUUCCUUAGGAAGAAAAUUAAGCAUAGCUACAUUAGAAAAACUUUCUCAAAUACAGAUACACACUCCUCCAAUAUUUAGAAAGCCAAACCUUAAUUUUAUGGAUUGAUUUAUUCAAAUGAAAUGUAGUACCUGUUGCUAGUAAUCUCAUAGAGCAAUUUUUCUCAGUAUCAAUAGAUCUCUAUGUCACGUUUAUAAAGAGGGGCUUAAUGAAUGAUUAAGGACAGCCUCCAUGACAAAUUCUGGGUAGAAUAAAACAUUCUGUAUUUUACAUUUUAAAAGGAACUAGUGGCCAUUGACUUUGCCAGGCAAUACUUUGGAUACCAGUUUGCUUGCAGACUGACUCACCUUCUUCCCAUCAUCUUAUUAAAUAGUAGGCUUGAAAUUGGGAGCAUUAGCAAUUUUGGCGCUCCAGCAUAAAUUGCCUUCAAAUAUGCAUUUUUCUACAGAUUUGUGGGACAUAUGAUAUCAGAAAAAUGAUGCAACAUUGAAAUUAUAAGUAUGUCUGUUACUUGCAACUCUGAAACAAUUAUCCUUGUGAGUGAAACAGUAUGUAAAGCAUCUCCAGAUUAAAAUUCUGUAGCACCAUUACGAGCUUGAUCAAACUAUAAGUUGCCCCCUGUCCAUCCUCAUGAUGGAUCCAAGUGCACAGAGAAGGACUGCAACCUUUUGUGCUCUUAAACAGCAGCAAUGUUCAGUAUUUAUUCUUGAAAACUUGUUUUUUAUAAACCCAGAUUAUACUUUUGCAAAUAGUUUAUUAAGCACAAACGUAUUUUUAAAGAGUAGAAAAAGGAAGAGUGAUUGUAUGCAUCAGAACAAAACUUUGUGAAAGUGUUAAUUUGUAUGUAGAAUAGCAUUUCAAAGCCAGCUAUAGCUGAUUCUGCCCAAAUCCAAAGCAAAAGAGCAUUUUAUUAUACCGUUUAAAAUAACAGCUUAUUUGUAAUAUGUUUCCCUUUUACUGUAUCUAGCAAUUACAUUCAGUUCUUCUAUUUUGCAGAAAACUGCUUUAUUAUCAUGCUCUUCGACACAUCAGAGGGCUCUAUUAAGACUGAUUCAUCUGCGGCACCUGAUGGAUCCACUUGGAUUCCAGAAAGUGCUUGGAGAAAUCUCUGAAUCUUUGGUGGACAGGUCAUCCAAGGCUUUGGUCCCUUCCUGGAAUGAGGGAACUUCACUGGCCUUAGAUAAGGAUUGCACCAAAAAGCCACUUGAUACACACUGAUCUUAGUGAGCUCUUUGGUUUUCAUUUUCAGAUGCUCUGAAAAAUGAAGCAUUAAAAGAGACACCUAAAGCCUACUUGAGAAAGACAGAGAAUAGAUCCAAUCAAACACUUUUACAAGCCUAUAUUAGAACUUAGGUUGUGGCACUAAGGGUGGCAAAAUGUAAUUAUUUUCUGCACUUAUUGCAUUUACAGAAUGCAAUCUAGUGGUCUUUUGUAAAAUGAUUACAGAGUUUUCUAUAAAGUGAAAGAAAAGCAUUCUGAAGAUGCAUAUUUCUGGGACUGUCCUUCUCCUUUUGUUUUCUAGUAAGUAACCAAUAAAAUUUGACAAAGUUAGCACACACUAUGUUGUAGCUGUGAAAUUUUGUCACCUUGCCAUAGGUACAACUUAUUUAUAGCUGUGCUAGUCCAGUACAAUGGCAUUCCUACUAAAGUUUGAAUAGCUUUGACCCCAUUGGGCUUCUAUAAUCAAUGAAAAAUUGGCUUUUCAGAAUUCACUAGUAGUCUUUCCUGAUUGUUUAGUCAUUUAGAAUUGGUUAUUUUCCAUAACAUAUGAUCAGGCAGCAUUAUGAUCUGUUUUGUUACUUCUAUUGCUUUUUUAUGGUUCUUUCAACCUUAAUAUUAUAAAUCCAUCUUUGGAGAUUAAGGUGAUCAAGAGUACAUAUUUCAGGAUCCUCUGUUAAAAGAGGCUUAUAGCAGAUUCUUAUGCUAGGUUCCUAAAAUACCAAGUUCUGGAAUAAUUGAGUAAAUUAUGUGCUGAUUAUUGAAAAGUAUAGAAAGAAUUGACAUUAAUUUAUAUAAGUAGUUAAGUAUCAUAUAAAUUAUAAAUAAGUUAUGUCAAAAAAGGAUAAACGCAAGACUAUAAUUAGGCAAAUAAAAUAAGGCUUUAAAAUGAUAGAAAAUUAUUGCACAUUAUAUACCCAUUCUUGAUUUAAGAACAAAUAUAGGAGAAGAUGUAGAUCUGCAAAUAAAAAAUAAUUUAUAGAACUGCUUCCUUAAUAGCAGACAUGUCAAACACAAGGCCCGGGGGCCAGAUGCGGCCCACAAAAUAGUUUCAUGCGGCCCGCGAA